AAAGAUGUAUAGAAAAACUGGUUGGUGGAAGUCAACAGUCAAGACCACAUGAUACCUUAUUUUAGAUAACAUGCUGUGAGUAUGAUUAGAUGUUCAAGGUGCAGAGAAAAGCUGAGUAUUUCGUCAGAGAUGACAAUUUCUUUCUUCAUCCUGUUGUUCAUGGUAGGCUUCAAAGUUAAUACUGGAGCAUGCCAAAAUGAGUGCUCAGAAUUACGCUGUGGAGACAUACCUAUCAAAUUCCCUUUUCGACUCAAAGACAAGCAGCCUGAUCACUGUGGCUACCCCGGAUUUGAUUUAUCCUGCAAUGGAAGCAACAAUAUGGUGCUUGAGCUGCCAAUUUCAGUGAAGUUCAUCGUCACUGAUAUCAACUACAAAUCUCAGGUAAUUCAAGUGGUUGAUCCAGAUGGUUGUGUUCCCAGGCAGCUUCAUAAACUUAAUCUGUCUGCCUCUGCCUUCCAAUUCAAAGACGAAGGGAACUACUAUACUUUAUUCAAUUGUUCACCAGCAGAUAGAAAUUUAUUGACGAAGCCACCAAUUUUUUACUAUCAAAUUCCCUGCCUUAGUGAGACUAGCCACCAAAUGUUGGCUAUAUUUUCAGAUUCUUCCAUUGACGAAGCUCCCAUUUCUUCUUGUACCAAACUGUAUAACCUUCCAAGUGUUCCAUAUGGUAUAUUAUUCGAGUCAGAGCAUGUUAGUUUGGAAUGGUUCAAACCAGCAUGUAAACAAUGUGAGAAGAAAGGUAGAAAAUGUAGACUGAAGAACAACAAUCACACUGAAUCAGAAACGGAGUGCUUCAAAGUGGACAAACAAGGUGCCUCAACAAAGCUAGUGGUUAUAGAUAGAGGUUCGUGGCCGAAUAUACAAUCUGUAGGUGUGAUCCUGGGUUCAUUUUCAUUUGUGGUUGCCCUUGUUUCUCUCCAUCGGCUGUACACUUCUGACAGACAACAAACCAUGAUUGAAGAAUUUUUGGAAAAUUACAGAGCUCUCAAGCCCACAAGGUACUCUUAUGCUGAUAUAAAGAGGAUCACCAAUACGUUUAGAGACAAGCUGGGACAGGGGACCUUUGGAACAGUGUACAAAGGAAAGCUUUCCAAUGAGAUCUUUGUUGCUGUAAAGAUCCUCAACAAUUCCAAAGGAAAUGGGGAAGAGUUUAUCAAUGAAGUGGGAACAUUGGGUCGAAUCCACUACGUCAACGUGGUUCGAUUGGUUGGCUAUUGUGCUGAUGGAUUUAGACGAGCUUUGGUUUAUGAAUUUGCACCAAACGGUUCACUGCAGAAUUUUAUAACAUCAGCAGACAGCAACAACCAUUUCCUUGGUUGGGAGAAGCUGCAAUAUAUUGCUCUCAGCGUAGCCAAAGGAAUUGAGUACCUUCACAACGGAUGUGACCAACGAAUCCUUCAUUUUGAUAUCAAACCUCACAAUGUUCUUUUGGAUGAAAACUUCAAUCCAAAAAUCUCUGAUUUUGGUCUUUCCAAGUUGUGCGCCAACGAUCAAAGUGCAGUUUCCUUAACAACUGCUAGGGGCACCAUGGGUUACAUCGCACCUGAAGUCUUCUCUAGGAACUUUGGUAACGUGUCCUACAAGUCAGAUGUGUACAGUUUUGGAAUGUUGUUACUUGAAAUGGUUGGAGGCAGGAAAAAUGUUCACGUCACAGAGGCAAACAGCAGCCAAGUUUACUUCCCCGAAUGGAUCUAUAAUCUUCUAGAUCAAGGAGAAGACAUCCGCAUCCACGUUGAGCAAGAGAUUGAUGCUAAAAUCGCAAAGAAACUCGCAAUUGUGGGGCUAUGGUGCAUCCAGUGGUACCCGGUAGAUCGUCCUUCCAUGAAAGCUGUAGUUCAAAUGUUGGAAGGAGAAGACAAUGUAAGAAUGCCUCCUAAUCCUUUCUCAUCGACUGCUUCAACAAGAGACAAUGUUACAAUGCCUGCAAAACGCCCCCGCCAAGAGUUACCUGUAAUAUUCGAAUUAGAUUGUCCACAUAUCACAAGCAAUACUCAACGUUUGGAAGCUCUCUCUCUCUCCAUGGCUGCAGGAAGAGUAGCUUCUCCAUCACAAUUAUUCAUAGCCCUCCUCUUAGUUCUUAGCUUAUGCUGUUUGAGUUGCAAUGCUAAACAGUGUGAACCUUCAUGGUGCGGCAAACAUAACAUAAGCCACCCCUUCCGACUAAAACAUGAUCCAGAGAAGUGCGGUGACUCAAGGUAUGAGCUGUCUUGUGAGAAGAACAACCUUACAGUAUUAUACUUGUAUUCUGGAAAAUACUAUGUGCAGGCAAUCAAUUAUAAUAACUACACCAUCCGAGUUGUGGAUGCCAAUCUUCACAAGGGUAACUGCUCUUCAAUUCCUCAUUAUUCCUUGUCUAGUUAUAACUUCAGUUACGAGGAUCCGUAUAGGAUUUCUCAACGUAGAGGUAAGGGGUCAUGGUGGCACAAAGAUGAUGUGAAACUGUCAAAGCCUAUAAUAUUUCUGACCUGUGAAACCCCGGUGAAUUCGCCUCUCUAUGUGGAUACUGCUCCUUGCAUUGAUGCAAUGAGUAGUUCCAAUUCUAAUGGGCAUUCAUAUGUUAGUGUUGGACGAUUAAAUGCGUCAGACUUGAGGGAGUUUUGUCACGUAGAGCUUAUGGUUAUGAUAUCGUCGCAGCUUACAAAGAACAAUUCCUACAUAGACAUCCACAAUGAGAUGAUCUAUGGCUUUGAACUUUCAUGGCUGCAGUGGGGUUGCUACAUCGACAGUGAUACCAACAAAGUUAAUUGCUUUCGUGCGCGUUAUUUUCGCUUCAUGUAUUAUCUUUACGAUUUCCGUGUCUACCUUUGGUUGCUUGGACCAGCAAUUGGAGCACUUGGAGCAAGGGCUACACUUGGGGCUCCGUGUCUGAUUGCGUUUUUAAUUUAUAAAUUCAAGAGGCGGCACUUAUCAAUGUAUGGCAAUAUUGAAGAAUUCUUACAAAGUCACAACAACCUCAUGCCAAUAAGGUACUCCUACUCAAAUAUCAGGAAAAUGACCAAAGGAUUUAAGGACAAAUUGGGUGAAGGAGGUUAUGGUUCUGUAUACAAAGGGAAGCUCCGAAGUGGCCGCCUUGUAGCAAUUAAGAUGCUGGGUAAGUCCAAAACAAAUGGGCAAGAUUUUAUCAAUGAAGUUGCUACCAUUGGAAGGAUUCAUCAUGUAAAUGUGGUGCAACUAAUUGGCUAUUGUGUUGAGGGAUCAAAGCGUGCUCUUAUAUACGAGUUCAUGUCAAAUGGAUCUCUUGAUAAACACAUAUUUCUUAAAGAAGGACCCUCAUCCUUAAAUUACAAGAAAUCAUUUGAAAUUUCGCUUGGUGUUGCUCGUGGUAUUGACUAUCUUCAUCGAGGAUGUGAGAUGCAAAUUUUUCAUUUUGAUAUCAAGCCUCACAACAUUCUUCUUAAUGAGACUUUUGUUCCAAAGGUUUCUGACUUUGGGCUUGCAAGAUUAUGUCCAUUAGAUGAGAGCAGUUUAACUUUAACUACGGCAAGAGGAACCAUCGGAUACAUAGCUCCAGAGUUGUUUUACAAAAAUAUAGGAGGAGUGUCAAACAAAGCUGACAUCUACAGUUUCGGAAUGCUGUUGAUGGAAAUAGCAGGAAAAAGAAAGAAUCUAAAUGCAGUUGCAGCUCAUUCAAGCCAAAUAUACUUUCCUUCAUGGGUUUAUGACCAAUUCAGUGAAGGAAAGGACAUAGAGAUAGAAGAUUCCACUGAGGAGGAAAUGAAAAUAACAAAGAAGAUGCUUAUAGUGGCAUUAUGGUGUAUACAAAUGAAGCCUAGCGAGCGUCCUACUUCGAUGAGCAAAGUAGUACAGAUGCUUGAAGGAGAAACUGAAGCCCUUCAAAUGCCUCCAAAGCCUUUCAUGUAUCCACAAGACAAACCAGUGGUGGAUGAUGAAGACAAUUCAGAAACAACAUGGCCAUCGUCAACACAAUCUAAUGAGGACUCUAAAGACUCAAUAAGCUUAAUUCAAAAUGCUGACAAUUAGCCUGAAUAUAUGUAUAGUAUGCCCGAGGAAAGGCUUCAUGGCCAACAUUUCAACUCUGCAGGGGCAGUAAUGGUUGUUUCGUUUUUGGUAGGACGAAUAUCCUUCUUGUAAUAUAUUUCUGUCAUGAUUUGUAAACUUGUUUUCAACAGUUUUUGGUCCUUCCUCCUUUAAAUUGAAGUGUAAGGUGCCCUAUACUCUUCCUUCAGUUUCCACUUGCUGUU